GCUGGUGAUCCCGGGCGGGAUAGAUACACACACACACAUGGAGCUGGCGUUCAUGGGGACCAAGGCUGUGGACGAUUUCCACAUCGGGACCAAGGUGCAGUAUUGGUUCAAUAUUACACACAAUCAGAGAAAUAAAGUUGGGCACAGAACGCCCCAAAUAACUCAGUUCCUCCUUAAAACUACAAUAUGUAACUUUUAUUUAAAAAAUAUUUUAGAAUUAGGUUUUUUUUGUUUGUUUUUUACAUAUUUGUUAAAACUAUAACUAUGUUGUGAUAGUAUAAUAUGAAACAAGUAAUCAGAAUUUUUUUUUAAAAAAUCAAGCUCCCUUGCCUUCCCCUUUAUGGUCUUGCUGCACCAAUACACGGCUCUGUCAGGAACAACCAAUCAGAGUUAGAUACAGUUCACAAAUCUUAGUGCUGUCAAUCACACUCAUGUAUAUGCUGCUGACCCUUUUCACCUUCAUCUGUGCUAUGCUACAACUACUUUACCACAGUGGGGUCUGCUAUAAAUGCUAAGGCUAACUAGCAUGGCUACCAACAACAGAGGAUAAACAGUUUUCCUGGAAGUGUAAGUUGUUUCUCUCCCAUUAGCAUAUUUAGCAGCAUGCACAUGAUGUCGCUAAGACCUGGACUGCUGCUUUUCUUCAGAUGGUAAUAGUAGUGCUGAGAGGAAGUGGAGGAGCUCAAUCUUUUCACAGAAUAUGUCUCAUAUUAUACGCUCACAACAUGACAGUUUAAUCACCAUUUUUGUAACAAUUUACAAAAGUUGGAAGUAACUAGCUUAGAAACCAACCCAUACCUUCGCUCUCAAAUCUGCCUGAAUUUGUGCUAUAUGAUUUAUACCACUAUAUCAUAAACAGGGUUUUCUCUUACACCAGAGCAGACAUAAAAGCAUACAAAAGUCUUGAUGUCACCCAGUUUUGUUCAUACAUGGAGGGCUACAUGAUGUUGGGGCGUUUUCUCCAUGGUUGAUGAGAUGCGUACCUUUUCCAUAAUGCAACAUUUGAUUGGAUCUUACCAAGGUCACUUAUGAAAUAUAUGAAUGUUAAUCUUCUUAACCCGUAAAAAGAGUUUGCUUCAAAUCAGCAAAGCAGGCCCGGCUGUAUGCCCCCCCCACCCAGGACUGGAAGCUGUUUGCUGUUUUUACCUCAGAUCCUGAUCAAAGGGGGAAACUCUCUCUGUUAUUCCUAUAUCGAUUUGAUGCAGUAGGAGCUUCCGCACUUCCAAUAUCAGCACCUUAUGUCACUUUUUUCUGCCAUUAAAACUGUUUCAUUGUUGUUAACACGUUGUGACCUGUUUUUCCGAGCCGCCUUUAAACGCAACAAGAGCGCUACGAGGCUCGCGCUGGGUUUACACCUGUCCGGCAGCGAAGGAGACCUGCUGCUGCUGUGCAGAGCUACUCAGGUGUGCGUUGGAAUCAUGGCAGCAAACCAGCAAAACGCAAAGAACUUUGCACAGUUUCCCCCCCAAACUAACCGACUGAGUUGAGUAAUCCUGUUGGAUGCAGGCCGCUCUGGCCGGAGGGACCACAAUGAUCUUGGACUUCGUCAUCCCCCAAAAGGGGAAGUCUCUCCUGGAGGCCUACGAUGCUUGGCGUAGGACAGCCGACGCCAAAGUUUGCUGUGACUACUCUCUGCAUGUCGCCGUCACGUGGUGGAGCGAAGAGGUCAAGAAAGAGAUGGAAACUCUGGCCAAAGAAAAGGGAGUGAACUCCUUCAAGAUGUUCAUGGCCUAUAAGGAUGUGUUUAUGCUUCAGGACUCUGAGCUGUACGCCGCCUUCGCCCACUGUAAAGAGAUUGGAGCUAUAGCUCAAGUGCAUGCUGAAAAUGGGGAUUUGAUCGCAGAGGGCGCCAAGAAGAUGCUGUCCAUGGGAAUCAGGGGGCCUGAAGGUCAUGAACUCUGUCGGCCAGAGGAGGUGGAGGCCGAGGCCACGCAGCGAGCCAUCACCAUCGCCCACGCUGUCAACUGCCCGCUCUACGUGGUCCAUGUCAUGAGCAAAUCUGCUGCCAAGGUGGUGGCUGAUUCACGCAGGGACGGCCGUGUGGUGUUCGGGGAGCCAAUUGCAGCUGGGUUAGGCACUGAUGGGUCCCACUACUGGCACAAAGACUGGGCCCAUGCUGCUGGUUUUGUUAUGGGCCCUCCUCUUAGACCUGAUCCCAGCACCCCAGCGUACCUCAUGGACCUCUUGGCCAAUGAUGAUUUGAGUGUCACGGGAACGGACAACUGCACCUUUUCUGUGUGCCAGAAGGCCCUGGGCAAAGACGACUUCACUAAGAUCCCGAAUGGCGUGAAUGGUGUGGAGGACAGGAUGUCUGUCAUCUGGGAGAGAGGAGUGCACAGCGGCAAAAUGGACGAGAAUCGAUUUGUGGCCAUCACAAGCAGCACCGCAGCAAAAAUCUUCAACUUCUACCCACAGAAAGGCCGCAUCGGCAAAAACUCAGACGCUGAUGUGGUGGUGUGGGACCCCAACCUGACGAGGAGGAUAUCAGCCAAGACCCACCACCAAGCCGUGGACUACAACAUCUUUGAGGGCAUGGAGUGCCACGGCGUCCCCAUAGUCACCAUCUCCAGAGGGAAAGUGGUUUAUGAGGACGGGCAGCUCCACAUCUCACCGGGUCAGGGCAGGUUCAUUCACAGAGGACCGUUCUCCGACUUCGUUUACAAAAGAAUCAGGCAACGAGACCAGGUGGACAGACCUGCAGCUGUGAUCAGAAAGCCCUAUGAAGGCAAAGUCAUCUCCGUUUGAACUGACCGAGAACAUGAAAGUCUCUCUGGAUGUCCAGCUGUGUCCCUGCAGUAUGACCAAGAUGCUAUCAAAGCAGUAAAGAAGAGAUGUUUCUUAUAGAUAUGACAGUUUUAGACAUUUAAAGUGAAUCUAUUGCAGUAACGGUGGAGGAGUUCCCUUUAUGUUAACACUACUCAACACUUCGUUCAGCUUUCUGCUGGAACAUAAAACUGUGGUACAUUUCUUCAGCUGUGUCAGGCUUUCAGGAUGGGUCUGCUCAAUGGGCUGGUCUGUAGAACCCACUAAAUGUUUUUAGCUUUCAUGCUUAUGCUAUGCAGUCACGUAAAAUAUUUCAAGGUGACAUGUUUUAGCACGAUUUUAUGUUUAUAAGAUGGUAGGAAAACAAAUAGUUGUACCAUUCAUACACUGCAUAUUGUGGUAGUUGUGCAAUAAAACUGCAUCUAGAUGUGAACUUG